UCCUUGACCCUCCUGCAGCUGCAUAAUGGCCUUGCUCUCCCACAAACUUGGCUUCUUCCUCUACAUUGUUGCCCAUGGCUUGCUGCUAUUGUCGUGCUCAGUACAUGGCGAUGGACCUAAUGUGAAAGAAGACGUGCUUUUCCAAGCCAUGAACAGCUAUAGAAAGUCCAUAAAACUUACCCCCAUGAACAAGAACUCCAAAGCAGGCUGCCUAGUCAAGCAAAUCGCUUGGGACUUCGACGACCAGUCGCCCCUCAGCAUCUUCCUCAGCGGCUCCACCAUUGCACCAAGCAACUUCUCCCAACUCCCUAGUCUACCCGACUACCUGUCCAAAUGCAAAAUCGAGCUCAAUCACACAAAAAAUGGCCUGAUUUUGCCUCUCCAUAUCCCCACUUUGGCAUUGAAUCUUGUUCUCCAUGAAUGUACAAAUUCCCAAAUGGCUAAGUACUGGAGCAAACCUGAAUUCACGUCGGUCGGAAUUGGGUGUUUUGAACAAUGGGUAGUGUUCGCUUUUGCCACCGAUUCGCCUACCGGAAGCUUUUCUUCUGCCGUGAAUUUGUCUGAUUUGGGUCUUCGACAUUUUUACUUGGUGUUAUCCGUGCUGUUGGGGUUGCUUCUUCUCUCGGGUUGAGGACCGUUUUCCUUUCCAUCUCAAACGACAUGUCGGUCGGGUUCUGGAAAUUUCAAGCAUCCUGCCACAAUAAUUACAUUCUUUUUUUCUUUAUUUUGUGUUCGUUUUUACAAGUGUUUUUCAUCGAAUUGUUAUCUUAAA